UAUGGCAGACGAACAAUUGACCAUUUUGUAUAUGAUCAAUCCAGACCCCAUAUUUUAUGGCAUGAUGGAUCAACUUAUAAUUGAAACCUUCCAAAAAUUAAGAGUUAAUGUAAUUGUCACAGAACUUGAAGAAUUAAGUGUUAUCAUUGGAAACGUAAAUAAUUGAUCAUAUAUCUAUAUAGGAAAUAACAUUCUAUAGAAAAGGAGAAUAAAUACACUUUGAUGCAUUUUUAGCAUAUGGAUAUAUGGCUCCAAAACACUACUAAGAUUAUAUGUAUUUCAAUUUUGCUGUACAUUCUGCUGGAAAAAUCACUCUUCAUCAUCCCUCUACAGAAAGUAUACUUUAAAAUAAAUUGCUUUAACAUCUUAAAUUUAGUGAAAAUCAAGUACCUAUAGCUAGAUGUGGAGCCUCUUUCUCACUAAAUACCUUCAAAUAAAAUCUUAGAAGAUUUAAUAAUAAAUCUAUCAUAAAAGAAGUUGAAGGUUAUGAAGGCACUGGAGUUAAACUUUCAAUAAAUCAUAAUUAAAGUACAGAACUAUUUUGUAAGUCUAUGUGGAAUGGAGAAUAAGCCAUCAUUUAAGAUUUUAUUGAUGAUACUAUUGGAAGAUCAAUUAGAGUUCUUGUAAUUGGUGGUAAAGCUGUUUCUGUCACUGAAUUCUAAGAUAAUGUGGUAAUUAUUAUCAUCUAAAUCUAGGAUUUUAAAUCUAAUGGAUAUAGUGAUGACUUUUAAAUUCAAUCUAAGAUGGAUUCAGAAAAAAAAUAAGAAUAUUUUAAAAUUGCUGAAAAGGCUUGUGCAGCUAUAGAUCCCCAUUUAACAAUUGGAGGAGUUGAUAUUUUGGAUUCUAGAAAGAAUGGAAUUGUUGUUUUAGAAAUCAAUAGUUGGCCUGAGAUGACAUUCUCAUAAGAUGCUACAGGCCUUCCUCUCUUUGAAUAAUUUGGCUAAGAAUUUAUUGAAAAAAUAAUAUCUAAUAAUAGAGAAAGAACAGACUCGACUUGAUU